AUGAACGGCUAUACAAGACGCAAUGAAAAUCACGAUGGUUACAAUUUCACCCACCAAACGGCCCUACCUCUUCCGUACAGCCAUAACGACAACAAUGACUUCAGUGUAAAUGAGCCAGGGGCAUUCAGUUUCAGCCAAUCACCUUUUCAUCCUUUUACACCACAAUUUACUUCACCAUACAGUCAUCCCAGCCUAUCCACAAGCACGCAUCAUUUUUCCUCGAGCAACCAUUCCCCAGCGCAUUCCAUUCCUUCAACGCCCGACCAUGUGCCCCUGCAGCAUCCUACGCAGUAUCUCUCCCACUCGCGCUAUAUUCAGUCGCCCAGCUAUUUUACCCUGCGCGAAGCGCUCGGUGAUGCGGACAUCGAGGCCCAGGAGUCCAGCAAUGAGCACACUAUGCUUUCAGAACCAGUUGUACCACCACUAGAAGGCUUUCCAAAUGUGAGGGAGUUUGACGAAUUAAUGAAAAGUUACGUCGACGACUUAUCUGUCAAGAAGCAAGAUAAGGCAUUGAUCCAUGCUAAGAGAGCGCGAAAUAUCAAGACCGUGCUGUUAGACCCUAAAGAUACAGCUAUAGAAUCAGCUCAAUUUCGAUUUUGGGUAAAAAAGAUGUUCAAGCUUCAAGCUGUUGGUCCUGGAGUAUCAGAUGUCAUAUACAAGGUUGAUUUGCCACGAAGGGAAACCAGUGGCCAUUCGAGAGAAGCUCUUCAAGAUUCUAACAAGAGCACAUCAACAAUGUCAACAUGGAGGAAGGGACAAGACCUCAGCUCAAGUCCGACAGAUCUAUUCGUGGUGAGUAAUAUGUAUCGUGCAAUGGUUCCGAAAGAACUCAUCUCACGCUUUGUCAAGAUAUGUCCUACUUGCCAAGUGCGUCGCGGCGGCUCCCGAUUGACGCCUCCUAGUUCAAGAAGGAGCUCUCCACGACUAGAGACAGUGUCGCGCUCGCCAGCACUCCCAUCGCCACCAAUUUCUAGGCGCGACUCCAACUUGAACGCUCAAUUGUCGUUGGACAGAUCCCAGGCUGAUUUGUUUAGUCAAUUCACUACUAGUCAUGGCAAUCAUGGUCAUUGGAUAGACAACCAAAGAAAGCUACAAGAGAGGCAGCCGUUGUCUUCCACUAAUAUACGCUCAUACGGAGGUGGAGCGAUGAGCCACCUUUCGGGAUCUGUCCCGGGAGUUCUAGAGCCAUUCCAAAGUGACUUGUCGGUCUCACCACCUCAAAUAGGUUAUGGCACAAGCUAUGCUCCAGCACAUGGAUCAUCUGGUCAAAGAAGCUAUUGA